ACAUGUGGGUCUGCUCGCCUGCACAGAGACGCAACGUGUAAUUUAAAACCAGGCACAAGCUUGGGGGCUGCACUGAGCCUCACACACACAUAUGCUCAUGCAUAUACACACACACACAUACAGUCAGACCGCUGAGUUCAGGCAUCCAGCGCAGCACAAAGCUCAUGACAGAACCUAAAGAUCAGCUAACAGGACAUAUCCAGAUUGGAUGAGAUUUUGGAUGCAUUUCCCUGUGCACAGGGACUGCAGCUGUGCCUCCUCACUCUGACUAAAGCAAGCUCUCGGUUUAUCGAAGUUACGCUGAGACUCUACUUGACUGGUUAGCCCAGCUGCUGCUGUUUGCCAUGCGGCUGCUCUGCGGUCUGCUGCUGCUGCUGUGCCUGGUGGUCUGGGCAACUGAGGCACGAAAGGGUGGAAAGGGACGCCGAAUGCGGAGUCGAGAAAGGUCAAGUACCACCAAGCGGUUUGCUGCAGACUGCAAGGAAAGUACAGUCAAUGGGGAAAAGUUCUUUGACUGCCAAGAGCGCCAUCUGAAAGCCGUACUUUUGGGCUGGCCGGAGGACAUUCACCACCUGCUGCUAGCACGGAACCGGAUCCAGGUGCUACGAGACAACACCUUCAGUCACUUCCGAAACCUGAAGAGUCUGGAUCUCCAGCAGAAUGAAAUCUCCCGCAUAGAGGAGGGAGCGUUCAACGGCCUGAGCAGACUCACCACUUUACUGCUGCAGCACAACCGUCUGCAGGUGGCGAGCGAAGGCAUGCUGAUCCCAAUGCCGCAACUCAAGUACUUGCGACUCCAUGACAAUCCCUGGAGGUGUGACUGCCAGCUGGAAAGCCUGGUCAGGUUCAUACAAGUGCCCAGUAACCGUAACAUCGGGAAUUACGCACACUGUACUGAGCCCAGGGAAUUCUGGGGGAGGCAACUGAAGAAGCUGGAUGCAGAGCUGCUGUGUUCCCCUCAGCAGGAAAAUGUAUUGAUCCCGCAUCCAGACAAUCAGCCCCUACCGGCUUCACAAAAAAAGCCUGAUGCAACCUCUCUAUGCCACACCUACGUUCACCCUGUGCCCCGUCUGGACUGCAGGAACAGAGACCUUAAAACAGUGCCGGCUGACAUCCCGUUGGAUAUUGUGAGACUGGAUUUAUCCAGAAACAACAUCAAGCAGCUGAGGCCAAAGGAGUUUGUAAACGUUAAAGACCUAAAGCUUUUGAACCUGAGUGGAAACAGUCUGGAAAGCAUCGACACAGCUUCCUUUACAGGCCUGCUGCACUUGGGAGAAUUGGACCUGUCCAACAACAGCCUGCGCUAUUUUCAAUAUGGCGUUUUGGAGGACCUGUACUUCCUGAAAAGACUGUCUCUGGAGGACAACCCCUGGAUUUGUGAUUACAACAUUCAUUACUUGAUCUAUUGGCUGAAGCACCACCCCGGUGUGUCCCACACAGGUCUGGUGUGCAGUGAACCAGAAGAGUUUCGUGGUUGGCCGGUGGAAAACUACGUCAAGACGUACAACGCAGACUGUCCUAUAGACAAGCAGCUGGGCCAGGUGCCUGGCACUGACCCGGCAGGCAUCACAGCUCAGGAGCUCACAGCUGAGAUAGAUGAAGAGGAAUUGGGGCCCAUACCUUACAGAGGGCCUAAGAAAUUUGAGAUCAUCCGUCUGACUUGAGAUGGAAACUGUGAUGCUGUUGGGAACUUUUUUUUUUUUUGUCAUGAACAAAUCAUUUUCCCAACAAUAUUCUGACUGUGUGAGAGAUGAUUCAGUCCAAUCAGAAAUCAAGCAGUUGAUGUUUACGUAUUUUUUUUAGUAUUUCUAAUGAGUAAAUUUGUGAAUUGAAUCCUGAUAAAUAAAAUAACUGACUGAUUUGUUUUUUUAA